UUUUUAUUUGUCUUUUAAACUCCUUCUUCACGUCGUCUCUUCUCUUUCACCAACAUGGCUUUCUCUGGGAAAUAUGAGCUGGAGAGUCAAGACAAGUACGAGGAGUUUCUGGAAGCAAUUGGCCUUCUCAAUGCCAAGACGGACCACAAAGUGGUAACAGAAGUGGUUCAGGAUGGAAAUAAGUUCACCUGGACUCAGAGCAUUCCCAACUGGACCUGGUCCAAUACGUUCAGCGUUGGUGAGGAAUGUGAGCUGACGACAAUGAUGGGCUCCAAAUUCAAGGCUCCUGUCACCAUGGAAGGCGGCAAGGUUUCAGUGCAGUUUCCUCAGUACCAUUUCACAGCAGAGCUCAUCGAAGACAAGCUAGUAAUGCAUUGCACAAUUCCAGGAGAGAAGGGCGUGACUUUCAAAAGAAUCAGCAAGAGGAUCUAAUGCUGCGAGACUCAACAUGCUGCAAUGCAGAAGAGGCUGCAGGAUGUAAAACACAUCAUGAAAAUGUUGUUCCAGUUACCGAAUGAGAGGAACAAAGUAAUCAUCCGUAGUGAGUGGUAGUAGUAAGUGGGACAUCUCUUGGCUCGACAGAGUUUCACAGCAUUUUCUUGAUUUACUUUCAGAUCUAACUUGAUAGAAGUGAUGAAACUAUGUACUGUAUUUCUAAAAGGAUGAAACAAUUUGUGUGCACUUGAGUCUAUGUGUGAGCCAAUAAAAAUCACUUUCACAUA